CGCUGAUCGAGUCUGUGGAUCACUUUGCUACGAGUUUUGGCAACAGCUCCUACUUGAACCGGCUUACAAGGCAGAGGUUCGAUCCCGUGUCGCAGAAGACGAUCAGCAUUAUGGCGUUUUGAAGUACAAUGAUUAGUUACUCGCAAGAACCAACAUUUUGGUUGGGAGUGACAUCGUAUGAAUUGUCACUCUGUUACCACCCCUGCCAUUCGGAAGUAGAUGGAUGCUUCUAACACAAGUGCCCUCCAAGACGCCAAAUUUUCGACGUUGGGCGUCUCCGUAUAUGCAAAGAGCGUGUGGUUAGAAAUGCUGGAGCCAGGCUGCGAGAGGUCCGAGACCGCUGGAACACAACAACAGGGCUCAAAAACAGCUGCAGGAUCAAAUUCAUCGCUGCCACCAUUGCAUCUAGGACCAACGACAAGAGCCACUACCACAGCCCCUUCCGACUCAAAAGAUCAAGAGCAUUUACGGGGAGUCUGGUUGUGUGUAGGUGCUUUUGAGGCUCGCUAUGUAGCGAUUGGGACAGGCGCCUUUCGAAUAGGGUGCAUUGGCAGAGACUUUCGAGCGUUUGGUGAACGUGCAGGGAUGAAGGAUAAGAGGGUCCAAUCAGUAGAGCACCUAGUAGAG